AAUCUAUUGGACAAUAAAUAGGUGGCUUUCAAGUUUGUAAUACGUUUUCGCGUUUAUUACAACUCAGUUAUUCCAUCACAUUUUCUCUAAUUUACUGUGAAUUAUAGGUGCUUUCCCUAUUUUUUUAACAAUUUGUUUCAACUCAAAUAACUACAUGAAGAUUAUUAAAAUCGAUUUCAGUAUCAUACAUAAAAUGGAUUAAUGAUAAAUACGAGUUAACAGAUUUGUAAUGAUCUGUCAAACGACAUAUCUAUCAAUAUAAUGAUAAUAACUACAGCUGAACUUACAAUACCGACUACUUCUCCAAUUAUAAUCUACUAUCAGUUUUAGUAAUAAUCACCAUAAUAAAUAUCAAUCUUAUCAGCAUUAUUUAAAAGUGAAAUAUAGACUUAUGUAUACUUUGGAAAAUCAUCCAAAUAAUUCCAACAUUGAUAAUCAUCAUCAACAGUAUCAAAAUGAUACAUUAUCUAAUACAUUGAAAUCGUCUUCAUCAUUAUCCUCAACAUCAUGUAAUGUGUACAAUGAUGAUAAUGAUUUGGAUGAGGUGAGAAUUUUUCUUAAUGAAAAUGAAUAUGAUCUAACUGAUCAAGAUGUAAAUGGUUAUGAAGUUUCUGAAGAAUUAUCAACAAAAGUUAUUCGUAGAAAUUCAUCUUUAUCUCUUUCUUCAUCAUCGUCGUCGUCAUCUUCUUCUUCUUCAGUAUUAUUGAAAUCUUUUCAUAGACCGGUUCAAUCAGCAUCACUUAAAACAUCUAGACCAUGUAAGGAUAUAAAUUUCAUUAAUAAUAAAGUUUAUACAUAUCCUUAUUCUACAAAACAAACUCCACACCGUACAUCGGUAAAUGUGCAAUCACAUAAACAACAAAGUAAGGCAAAUCUUAUUCCAAAAAAUAAACAUGAUGAACAACAAAAAACCAAAAAUUAUCACACACAUUCUAUCAAACAAAUGUCAAAGAAAAGUUCAACUGAAAAUCAAAUGAAGGAUUGUCACUCAAAUAAUCAUAAUAGUCUUCUUGAAGAAAAUCUUAUCAAAACAGCCCAAUUGAAUUGUAAAACAUCCUAUCAAGAUGUAUUUAACAAAAAAAUCCAACAGAAUCAAACUGUUAAUAAAAUAAACAACCAAAUUAAUGAAUAUAAAUUACAAAAUAAACAGUUUAGUUUUGAUAAAGAAAAAUCAACAAAAAGAAAAAUAGAUAAUAUGAAUACUCAGUAUUGUUCAAUUAACAAUUCAAAAACCUGCGCUAAAAAGGAUUUCUCUUCAACAUACACUAUAAACGGAAAUAAACAUGUACAGGAAACAACAACAGAUUUAUGUCUCAUGUCAAAAUCAAUGUUAUCUCGUCCUUCUACAUCUAACUCCUUAUGUCAAAUGUAUCAUGAUAAAAAAUCUAAUUCGCUCUGUUUGAAUGAUCACCAACUCAAUAGUGUACCUUCAUCCGGUAAAGAUAGGCGGGCAAUUUCAAAAGCUGAAGAUGAAAAACGUCAAGCAAUUAGGAAAGUUCAAUUAUUAGCUUCUGAAGUAGCAUUAAUAUCGGCUAGACAGAAAGCGUUGGAACGUAGACAAGCUAAGUUAUUAGAAAUUCGUAAAAAUUUACAGUUAAAACAUAAACAAGCUGAAGCUCGUAGAAAAGCUAUCGAAGCUUCAAAACAGCAACGCUUCAAUCAGUUGUCUGAACAGUCCCAAAGUUAUCAUCGACAAAAAAAUAUCUCAAACCAUCCACAGCAACAGAAACUUUCUAACAGACCUUCUUCUUAUAGAUCUAACUUCAUUCAUAACUAUCAAAAAUUUAAUAACAAUAAUGCAAAAGUAUCUACAUCAAAGAAUACAAAUGAAUCAAUAAUUACAACAUCAAUCACAACAAUAACAACGAACAAUACUAAUAAUGUUACCAAUACUACAACAACAUGUCCUAUUGGUUUUGGUUCUAGUACACCAAGAUUUGUAUGUUAUACAAGUAAAGAGUUAAUGCAUUUCAAAUAUCCUUCUAUAAAAAAUACAAAUAAAUCAAAUCAAAUAAUAAAACAUUCCAUUGAUCAGUUUCAUAACUAUAAUGAUAAAAUUAAAAAGAUUGUUAAUUUUCCUAGACAAAAUAAUGAUACAAAACAUUCUAUCUUUUUUAAAAAUGACAAUUAUUAUUAUUAUACAAACAAACAUCUUAUUAAAUCAACACAUCAAGAUACUACUAAUUAUAUUAAUAAUACUGAUGACAAAUUUUAUUAUCAUAAUUGGCAAAGUUUAUCACUUUAUAUGAACUGUAAUUCACUUGAUACAAGAACAUCCAUAAAAAAUGAUCAAUCGAUUAUUUCAAUGGAACAAUCAAAUGAAAAUGUGUUUCUUUCUGAUAAAAAUAAACAUCAGAUUCAUAAAACUACUACUACUACUACCAAAGAUGUUGAUAGUAAUAUUAACAGUCGGAAGUUAAACUUUUCAACACAAUCCUCAACUUUACCUUCAUUCACCACAAAAAAUUCCUUGGAGAAGUCAACAAAUUCCUCUAAAUCAAUGAGAUUAACAAAACGAUCAAGUAUACAAUCAGUGACAUCCAUAACGUUAUCAUCUUCAACGUCUGAUUCAUCAAAACAAUCUUUACCUGUAAAACAAAGCUAUGCACCACUUGAAAAUCUCAAUACAUAUAAUACGUUUAAAUCUAGAAAUAUCAAUAAUACAAAGCAUACAAUAGUUCAUUGUCAAACUAAUGCAAGUAAACCUAACUUAAAACAAAUGAAUUCUUCGAAUAUUCAAUUCUUAAAUAAGUCAUUCAUUGAUCAAAGAAAAGCAAAUUCAAUUAUAGACAUAAAAGAAGAAGGGAAGAGUAUUGAGAAACUACCCGUCAUGACAACUAGAACUCAAGGAAAUGUAGAGAAAACAUUCACAGACAGUUCGAAUUCUUCUCCUGUAUUCAAAGAUCAUCAUAAAAUAGCAAACUUAAUUAUUGAAGAAAUCCUAAAAAACAUAACAGAUGAAAAUCUUUCAAAAAUAGCACAAUCUUCAUUAAAAACAACAGAUGAAUUAUUUAUGGAAACAGAUCAAAAUGAAGUCAAAGUUAUAAACCAACAAAUGGAAUCAUUAAUUAUAACAUCUACUGCUGGCAUUGAAUCUUCCACUUUACCUUUAACUUCAUCAUUAUCCACAACAACAACAACAUCAUUUUCAUUGUUAUCAAACACAACAACAAUUCCUAGAACUGUAACAGAUACACUUGUUGUUACAACUUCUAUAAUGCAAAUUUCACCAGCAACUAUUACUUCAAUAAACACUUCAUUUAAUGAUAAUCCAUUGACAGUACCUAAAACACUACAGUUUGAUCAUCUAACUAUGAAUAUUAUAGAUUCCAAUAAACAAAUUGUAAAUAUGACAAAAGAAUCAAUAAUCAAUAAACUAGAUAAAUCCAUAAUUACUGAACAAACAAAAGUGAUUGACAAUAAUGAUAAUGAAACACAAAUAAAGAACAAUUAUCAAUCAAAUUUAAUGAAUAUUCAAGAAAAACCUAUUCAAAUUGUACAUCCUUUGAAUUCAAUUAAUUUAUCACAAUCUGGAAGAUUAGUUAUUUCAUUAUCAAAUGAAUUAGCUGAACGUGAAGCACGUAAAAAACGUUUAGAAUGUAUUAUGUCACGUAUAAAACAACAUUCUAAUAAUUAUAAUCAAACAAUAAUUAAUAAUAGCAUAAUAAAUAAAUCAUCUAUGAAUAAAUUAAUAAAUCCAAUACAAAAUAUAGAACAAAUAUAUAAUCUAAGUAAAUCACAACAAGAAAUCACUUCAAUAAUAGAUAAUAUAACAAUUUCAUCAUCAAUUUCAAGUACAUUAUUACAUAGUUCAUCAUUAACAAAUAUGAAUUCACUAGAAUCAAAUAGUAACUUAUCUAUUUUAUAUCAUUCAAUGAACAAUAUCAAUUUAGAUCAUUCUAACUAUAAAGAUGAAUUAAUUUUUAAUGAUAAUAAUAAUCAUAAUAGUAACCAUGGUAAACAAGAAGAUGAGAAAAAAUCCAUUCAAUCAGAUAAUAAUAGUAAUCAUAGUGAUUUGAUAAGAAAUCGUAUAUCGAUUAUUGCUAAUAUGUUAUCUUCUGGUAGAUUGAAUAGAAAAAGUCGUGCAGCUGAAGUAUUAAUUAAUAUGAUAACAAAGAAACAGUCCAAUUUAAAUGAGAAUAAAUAUUUAGAGAAUAGACAUAAAUUAGAUGAUAUUAUAUGUGAUUACAAGUACAAUACAAAUACAUCAGAUGAACAGGCAAGUUAAACAUUAUAAUCUUUCAAAUAUAUUACCAAAUUAAUAACAAUUUAUACAGUCUUCUAUGUAAUGUGUUCAUAGGUUAAAACAAACAUUGAUUCAUGUGAAUUACAUUGUACUAUAUCAUAUUUUACAUUUUAAAAGAAAGAAAAGAGAGUAUUGUUUAUAUAGUUAUAAUUGAUACUAUAAACCUAGUUGUUUUACCUUAUAUAAUAAUAUUAAUAAUGGGGCUAUAGGCUUACAUUGACAAUAAUCUAUUCCCAUGUGAUUAAUGUCCACGACGAAGAAGAAAUACUUCUUUUGAAUUCUAUUGUUAGAUACUCGAGUUGUAAACAGAUUAUGCAGUAUUGUGUUGUCUUCUAACCAUGUAGAA